AUGCCACCGGCUACAGUUACGGAGUACCCAAUUCACCACUCGCAGGCCAAAUCGAACACCGAGAGGCCAGGAGCACCCGUAUCUGGCUCGCCGGAUUUGACCUCAUCGUGGAGACAAGACGUGCACUUUCUAGGCGACAAAGAUGGCAAAGUCGAGCUCCGCAGUCCUCCAAAUUUCAAUGAUAUCAGCGACGCCCGCACACACCUGAAGCAGCACCUAGCCGCCGCAUUCAGGGUCUUUGCCAGACAGGGCUUCGAUGAGGGUGUCGCAGGCCACAUCUCCCUACGCGACCCCGGCAACCCAUCCCUAUUCUGGAUCAACCCGCUUUCAACACACUUCUCCCAGAUCCGCGUCAGCGAUCUUGUCCUUGUCGGCGAGACCGGCGAAGUCCUUCCAGACGGCGCCCAGAACCCCAUCAAUGGCCCAGCAUUCGCCAUCCACAGCGCCAUCCACCGCGCCCGGCCGGACCUAAACGCCGCGUGCCACGCACACAGCGUCUACGGAAAAGCCUUCAGUUGCUUUGGCCGGCCGAUCGAGAUGCUCUACCAAGACGCGCUGCGCUUCUACAACGACCUCGCUGUGUAUCCGCGCUACGGUGGCACGGUGCUCACGGCCGAAUGGGCGACCGGAUCGCGGCUGCACUGGGGCCGAGCUGCCGUAAACCAUGGCAUGAUUACCUGUGGGCGGACGGUUGACGAGGCGGCGUUCUUGUUUAUUGCGUUGGAUCGGUGCUGCCACUCCCAGCUGCUUGCGAAUGCAGCGGUGUGUCCUGGAUUUGAGAAAAGGUAUAUCACCGACGAGCAGGCGGAGUUUGGGCAUAGGAGGAGUGGUAACGCAAGCAAGAUGUGGCUGGCCUUUCAGCCGUAUUAUGACCAGGUGGUGAAGGAGGAGCCGGAUUUGUUGCUGUAA